AUGGGAAACUCAAAUGGAUAACAAAGUUUGUUAGUUUUAGAUCAAAAUUAUGCAUAUUAGACUCUAAAAACUCAUCCUGUGUUUGGAGAGAUUAAGCUCUAUAAACAUAGUGAAACAGGUAGAAAAAUUGCUAUAAUCAAUAAACAAAUAUUUGAGUCAGAGCAACACAAUAUGAAAUAGGAAACCUAUCUAAAGAGAAAAUCGUAUGACAAUAUAAACCUACUGAAGGUUUUAGGAUUUUAGAAACUAAUUGCAAAUGAUUUAUGUUCUCAAAUUAGAUACUUGUCCAUCCAGGUUGAAUAUUAUGAGAACACUAUCACUUAAUUUAAAGAAAAGUUUACAGAAAAGGAACUAUAUUAUUUGAUAUUCUCAUUGUGUGAUGCUAUGGAUUAUUGCAAACAAAAUAAUAAUGAAAUAACAGACUUACAUCCAUCAAAAAUAUUAGUUACAGACGAUGGAUUUGUUAAAUUAGUAGACAACAUCGUAGCUUUAGAGGCAAUAUCUAAUUUUCAUUAGGUUAAAUAUAAUGAUCGCCAAGUUGAAUAUUUAGCACCAGAGUAAUUGGAAUUAUUUUCUGGAUUAAAAAAUAAGAUUAAUUAAGAAAAGGCUAACAUUUUUUGUUUAGGUUUGUUAUUAUCUUAAUUAAUCACAAAAUAACCUGUUAGUGAUUAUUACCUAGAGGAAUUUGUCAAUUUAAAUUUGUUGUUUAAAAGACUGGAUUAAAAAUUUGCUUAGUAUUCAUAUUCGAGUAGUCUUUAUGCUCUACUAAAAGAGAUGUUAGCCCAUGAUCCAGAAGAAAGAUUGUCAACUAAAUAAGUGUUGGCAAAGAAAUAAUAUCACCACUUUGUUAGCAAUUUAGAUGGCGAUUCUGUUGAUUUUGCAGAGCAUCACCAUCCUGAUUCCAUAUUAUAAUCUCCAAACUCAUAUUACUAAGAAGAAUAGUAAGUAUCCUAUCAUAGAAAAAAAGAAUCUAUUCUUUCGGUAAAAGCUACUAAUGAGGAAUUUCAAAUUGCAGAUUAAUCAUUACAAAAGAGGAUUGACUAAGCCUUAGCUGAAUCCAAUAAAUUAUUAGAUUAACUUAGCGUGUCAUCACCAGUCACUAAAUUUUAAAGUAGAGCAACCAUAAAUGGAAUUUAUGACUCAGUCCAAAACCCAUUAGUAUAAUUAACUGAAUCAAGAAUAAAAAGAUUAAUUGAGAACUCAGAGGAAGUAAUAGAAAAAUCAUUAAUAUAAUCAAAAACAUGUAUGUGA